ACAAAGCACAAUGCUUCAGGACGUUAAUUGUUCAUUUUUUCACACUUAUUAUUGUUUUAAACUUAUCACUAAUGACCGGAAGCACUCAAAUCACGCCUGGCCACGAUUGGUUAAUCCCAUGAGGUAUCGCUUUUCAGCAUUUAACUUACGUUUAUCAACUCUCAGUUGAAAACAAGAUUAGCUCACAGAACGUUUACAAGCUUACUAUCCAUAGAGGAAGGAAUAUGUCUAAGAUAUAUGCAUGUUUGUGGGUUGUUGUUUUGUCAACAUUAGCCACUAGUGGAAUGAUCUUGCCACCAGACUUGAAGCGUAUCAUGGCCAAUGUCAACAGCCUCGACACAUUCAUGACGGCCUUUAACCUAGGGAACAUUACUUUACAACCACCACCACCACGUAAACAGCAAAAUGGAUGGGAGUCCUUAUUGAAUAAGAAAUCUACCCAAAACGCCAAGUUGAAGACUGUCGCAGUUGGCCGCACGCGAGUGGUUUCUUUCUUUGACGACACCAGCCCCCCUAUAGCUCUCGAUGAUGCGCCGUGUAAACCGUAUCCAACAGUCAUUGAAGUUCCACAGCCAAGCCAUCAUCAAGGGUUUCAUUAUCCCUUCAAUGUUAUGAUGCACCGUUGUGCUGGAUCUUGUAGUACUAAGCCAAGGGUCCAGGAAUGUGUUGCAACAGCUACAGAAAAUAUAAGUCUGCUAUCUUUCCUCGUGUCAUGGAACUCACCAAGCGCCAGCAAAAAUCAGUUGCGUCCAUCACACCGCAUAAUGCCGAUUGUAAACCACACUCAGUGUGGGUGUCAAUGCAUCACCAAACCAUCAGAUUGCGACCCUUCAACGCAAGUGUUCUCACAAGACAAAUGUAGAUGUGAAUGCAAAGCUAGGUCAAGACCCUGUCCCGCCUACCAUCGCUGGGACCGCGUCAGAUGUAAGUGUGUGUGUCAUSCUCCUAGUUAUAUAAUUUGUCCCAGGAGAUUUCAUUGGAGUCCAGAAGAGUGCAAGUGCGUGUGUAAGGCAACUGCGUGCAAAGAUACUAAUAAAGUAAGGAAGCAGAGAAACUGUCGAUGCUACUGUCCUAAAUUACCGAUCUGUCCUCUAGGAUUCAGGAAGGAUCGCAAAACCUGCAAGUGUGUGAACAAUGUUUAACGACUUGCUAAUCGUCUGGCUAGUGGAACAAGAUGAACUGUUAGAAAUAUGUGAAAUUGUAUGAACCAUAGUUUCACUGUCAGUGACCGAGUUUCUUGUUCGUCGUUCGGAGGUUAGUCGUGAGCGCGGGAUAUUUUCGAAUAUUAUUCGAUCGGGCACCGGAUCAGGGUCAAACCGACAUUGAAACAAAUAGUUGUCAUUUUGCACAUGAAUCGAACACCGAUACUCGCUCGGCAACACAAAGAAAUGGUAUCGUAGGUAGCAGAUAGGUGUACAAAUUCUUAUUAUGUAGGGUAGAGUGAGGACUAUUGAGCCCCUGCUUGAUAGUCAAUGCAUUAGUAAGGUCCAGAUGACGCAACGUUACAACAACGUUAAGAAAUCGUGAUUACGAUUAAGUAGAUUUAGUAAUUUAGUAUGACUGCUGAGGGAGAUCGUAGUCUUCUUCGUAGUCGCCAUUGGUGUCGUUUCUAGUUCCUCCCUGGCGCCCCGCCCCACAAAUGAGAAGAGCUCGAGGGGAUCUGGGACCGAUACUAUUGACGGCUGUGAAGAAGACUAGAGAGACUAAGGCGUAUUCCUUUUGUUGCGCAAGGCCAGUAAUCAGAGGUAACAAGAAAAGACCAGUCGCAGUAACAUUGUUUUGUUGCUAUUCGUGGUCGGUAACAAAGGAAAAACCGCCAACCAUCAUAACAUACCUAAGCUUAGGUGCUCUUAAGUUCUUUAAUGAAGGUACUAGCUGCGCAUAAGUAUUUCGUUCCUCUAAUGCUUGCGUGACCAAUGCGUUACCAGGUUUACGUAGCGCACUUCUUUUUCCAGUUAAAAUAUUUCCCUAAUCCUAAGACCUUUUUUCACGCGAUUAACUCCAGCUUAUCUUAUCAGGAGCCCAUUAUGGCGUGCGUAUAUACACAUCUAAAUCGCUAAUCACGAGUAAUACAUUGAUAUAGACGCCUCUAGUAAUGGGACUCCUGAUUUUAUUCGUUUCAGAACAAACUCUCAGACUGACUGACAUUCGCGCACUGAUCAUGACGUCACAUCACCAUCUUCCAAACAUGGUCAAAAGAAGUGACAAAACACGAUGACAAACUGCUUUGGAUUUUUCCAAUAGAUGUUGAAACGAAAGCCUUUAACUUAGAAGUAUGACCUCUUUUCAUCUAUACCUUAAUUUUAGACGUAAAAUAAUACUUUUAUACUUUAUUAAAUGUUAUUAGUACAUACUUAUCAUAAGUUAACGUGUAAUGGAGUUAAUCGCUCUAUCUAUAAUGUUUCAUAAGUAUUCUAUAUUAUGAUAGACUUUCACGGACCGGUCAUUAACUAAUUAAUCGAUCCCCUUCCCUGCUCAAAGAAAAGUUGCUGCCCUCUUAAUAUAUAUUUUAUACAAAAAAUAAUAACCCCCCACUCUAAGUGUUUUAAACAAAUGUUUGUGGCCCUCCACCUCUAAUUAAUAACCGACCCCUGAGUCUAUUCUUUAUCUCAGUUAAAUUGUACUCGCAUUAGAGCUUUUAAGUGUGACGUAAUUCAAACGAAAAACGACUUCCGGGUUCAAAUUCAUAAUUACUUCAUUCUAUAGACAUUUUUCUGUGUUUUUUCUUCAAAGCAGGAUCUUCUGUUCAUGCAUAUGAAUGUUCAAGGUAGAGAUUAAUCCUGGGAAUAAGUUGUGGCAAGAUUUUCGCAAAUUAACCCCCUACCUCGCGCGAUUGGACCCGGAUAUACGUCACAACUUAAAAGCCCUAUUCCUUACUUAGUCAUACCAGCCUAGAUCUCGAUAAAGUAUGAUUUAUAAAACAGUUUGUUCAUUUUGUUUAUCGGUUGCAUUUAAAACUAAAAGAACUCAGAGCAAAUUAAAUAUAACAGACUAACUAUUAUCAUUUAAAAUAUUUUAUUAGUAUAAUAUUUUUAUCACAAGAAAUAUAUAAAUAAAAUUUAUUUUUUUCAAUAACAUCUUAAAAAAAUAAGGCGUAAUGUAGUUAUCCGGUUGAAGUAAAAAUAGUUCCGACAGUUCUGAA